UUAAUGAUUUGUUUCUUCACCAGAGGAAUCAUGGGAAAGCAAAACAGCAAGCUGACUCCUGAGGUGAUGGAGGAUCUGGUGAAGAACACAGAGUUUAAUGAACACGAGCUGAAACAGUGGUACAAAGGCUUCCUGAAAGACUGCCCCAGCGGCCGGCUGAAUCUGGAUGAGUUCCAGCAGCUUUAUGUCAAGUUCUUCCCAUAUGGCGACGCGUCGAAGUUUGCAGAACAUGCCUUCAGGACCUUUGACAAAAACGGAGAUGGAACCAUCGAUUUCCGAGAGUUCAUCUGCGCCCUGUCCAUCACCUCCCGCGGCAGCUUUGAGCAGAAACUCAACUGGGCGUUCAACAUGUAUGACCUGGACGGCGACGGCAAAAUCACCAGAGUGGAGAUGCUGGAGAUAAUCGAGGCCAUCUACAAAAUGGUGGGCACGGUGAUCAUGAUGAAGAUGAACGAGGACGGCCUGACACCGGAGCAGAGGGUAGACAAGAUCUUCAGCAAAAUGGAUAAGAACAACGACGACCAGAUCACGCUGGAGGAGUUCAAGGAGGCGGCGAAGAGCGACCCGUCCAUCGUGCUCCUGCUGCAGUGUGACAUGCAGAAGUGAAGCGGCCUCGGCCCCCCCUUUCCCCCCCUCCCUGCUUGCACCUCUUUCUCUCUACCCCCCCGUCUCACCCCCCCACUCUGGACAGCAGCACACACGUUUUAAUGUCUCAUUAAGGUUCUCUGCCAUUUCCACGAAGGGGGGAAGAAAAAAAACCCAACAUAACGUAAAAGAAAAAGAAAAUGCUUGGACUAUUUUUCAAUGGACUCGCUUCUUGUGGUCGUAUGCAUGAGAAUGUCAAAUGCAGAAUAAUUUUGAAAAAUAGCUAUAAGAUAUCACAGAUGUUUAUUUCCAGACCUGCCAAUGUGAUUCGUGCACAGUGACCCUGUACAUUCUCAUCCAACCUUUAGCUUGUAUAUCAGUGGAGCACUACAUUCGGGUUUGUUUCUGCAGUAUUUAGACCCCCUACUCCCCCCCUUCCCUCCAGUGUUCACUGCUACAACUACUGUAUGCUUUACAUAAUAGUAACAAAACAAUAAUUCCUAUGAUAAUUGUAACUGUCUCUAAUAUCCAGACUUGAUGAGCUCUUGGAGAAUAGAAAAGGCUCCUGUCUGUUCCAGAUGUUCUCACUCAGUGGAACCAA